CGCGCGCGUGAGCAUAGCAAGUGCGCUUGGUGUCCUCUCUCUCUCAUUCGUCGAACGAACGUGCCGGGAGUUGGACCGCAGCCGGAACCGUGUCACAGUGAAAGUCCGCGUGUCGUAGAACACAACCCUACAGGGAUAAGUGCAAACCGAACAGAAUAGUGGUGAAAGACUAAAGUUGAACCAGAACUGAAAGAACAUUGCCAACAUGGGAGAUCCGGUCGUGCCAGCGAAGGGCAACAUUUUGGGAACCCUCAUCCCGGCCCGUUACAUUUUGGCCGUGCUCGGUUCGAUCGCGAUGGCUAUCAUCUACGGGCUGAAGGUGAAUCUGAGCGUGGCGAUGGUCGCGAUGCUAAACCAUUCGGCCCUUGCCCAUCACGGAGCAGUGUCGGUCGACGAGAAAGUGCACGUCAACGCGGAACCCGUCUGCCAAGGAAGCAACUCAACCGAAGCGGUCGAGGACGGCCCAUUCAUCUGGAGCGAACCGGUGCAGGGCAUCAUCCUUAGCUGCUACUUCUGGGGCUACCUGGUCUCGCAGGUCCCUGGAGCACGCGUGGCCGAAUCGUUCUCCGCCCGCUGGGUCAUGUUCUUCUCCGUGCUGAUCAACGUGGUCUGCACGCUGCUAACGCCAGUCGCCGCCAAGAUGCACUACGUUGCGAUGAUCGUUAUGCGCGUUGGUGAAGGAAUCGGUGGUGGUGUCACCUUCCCGGCCAUGCACGUAAUGCUCGCUUCGUGGGCACCACCAAACGAGCGUAGCGUCAUGUCUGCCAUCGUGUACGCCGGUACCGCCCUCGGCACGGUAAUCUCGAUGCUGAUGGCCGGUGUGUUGGCCGGUACGCUGGGCUGGGAGUCGGUGUUCUACGUUAUGGGUGGGCUGAGCUGUCUGUGGAUGGUGCUGUGGCUGUGGUUGAUUCAGGACACACCGAGCAAACAGCCUUUGAUUAGCCAGGAGGAGCGUGAUCUCAUUACGUCCUCGCUCGGGUCGGGUUCGGCGAGCGGUCACGGUGGCGAACCGAAGCCACCCGUACCGUGGCGCAAGGUGUUUACGUCCGGACCAUUCUACGGCAUACUGAUUGCGCACGUCUGCAACAACUGGGGCUGGUACAUGCUGCUGAUCGAGCUGCCAUUCUACAUGAAGCAGGUGCUACAGUUCAACAUCAAGGAAAAUGCCGUCGUUACCGCCAUCCCGUUCCUGACGAUGUGGUUCUUCAGCAUGGCACUCAGCAAAACGCUCGAUGCGCUGCGGUCGCGCGGCAAGAUCACGACCACCAUUGCGCGCAAAACGGCCACCUUCAUUGCGUCGGCCGUACCGAUGGGAUGCCUGCUGGCGCUCUGCUACAUCGGCUGCCAGCGUGGCCUAGCGGUAACACUGAUGACCGUCGGCAUUACGGCGAUCGGUGGCAUGUUCUGUGGGCUGCUCUCUAACCACAUCGAUAUUGCACCGAACUAUGCGGGCACACUGAUGGCCAUUACCAACACUGCCGCCACCCUGUCCGGCAUCAUUGUUCCCAUCUUUGUUGGACAGAUUACGCAUGGCAAUCAAACGAUCGGCGCUUGGCGUGUAAUCUUCUUCGUAACGAUCGCGCUCUACAUUCUCGAGAUCAUCGCUUACCUGCUGCUUGCCUCUGGCGAAGAACAGCCCUGGAACAAAGGCGACAAACCGGCCAGUUCGAUUGAAGCGGCCGAAGCGGAAGCCACCCCACUGAACACGAAAGAAUCGAAACAGAGCUACAAUGGGCAGGAGCAGUAAAGCAAGUCAAUUGGAGCCGUCGAUUUAUAUGCAAUAAGAUCGCAUAUCACUGUCACCACACUCUCUCUAUCAAUUUUAAAACUGUUUUACCGAAGCCAAUGGUACUUAAGGUUAGAUAAACUAAGUUUAACUAAGUUAACUCUCGUUUGAAUUGUUUCGAGAGAGAGAGAGAAUGCCAGUUUACAAAGUUUUGAUGCUUAGACCUAUGUUAAGAUCUAUUUAAACCGCGUGAAAGAUUGUUCGAAAAGCCACAAGGCGAGGAAUAUGGAUUUAAAGAGGAAAGUUCCCAGUGAGUUCCACUUGCUUUUCAACAAUCAUUCAAUGUAAGUGCAAUCGCGUAUAGGAUUAUUGUGCAGCCAUCGUUUCAGCCUAAUUGCGCGCUAAAAAAAACCCAAAUCGCUUUUCAUCGAUCACUGGCAGAAGCAAGAAAGCAAUGUACAUUAGUAGCCGUUUGAUUUUCCAAAUCCGAUCGUGCAAAAUUGCCUUCGUAGAGUGUGUUGUACUUAAAUGCAUUGAUCAGUAAACUGGAUCGAAAUGAUUUUCUAAUAAAUAUAUUAUGGCGUUAAAUAUAUUAUGGCGUCAGGCGUGUGUGCGCGCGCCCUGAGAGCAACAAUUGAAUGAAAUGUGAAAGACUUGCAGGGAAAGCAGAACAGCCGAUUGACUAUUAUGAAGCGGAUAAGUAUAUAGGCCAGAAUUUUAGAACUCAAACAAGCUUAGCAAAACAUAUAGGACUCCCACCACUGCGGAAAGCACCACAUGAUGAUACUAUACGGCGAACAAGAAGUAUGUGUAGAAAAUAAAACAAUACAGAUGUA